AUGACGUGUACAUUCAAGACAGUCAAUCACCACAGCACCAUGUAUGUGCGAUGGUAUAACUAUGGGACUGAGGGACUAAAGAAAGAGCUGGUGAAUGAGAGCGAUGUGAUCACAACCCUGCAUUUGGGCAAUGGGUUUGCCUCUCUCACUUUGAAGAAUGCGAAUUCAUCUAAUACAGGAACCUACGUGUGUGAGGUGGGGAUCACAGCAAGGAACCUCUCUGGGAAUGGAACAGGAACCCAAGUGACCAUCGAGAAUUUUCCUGAGCUGAUGGUGAAUCAGACCCCACCCAAUAUCCAUGCAUCAGAAGGGUCAGAUCUCACCAUGGAGUGUAGAUUCACGGUAUUGAAAAACCACAAGACCUUGUAUGUGAAAUGGUAUAAACAUAGCGGAACUGGGGGAACGAAGAAGGAGCUGAUGAGCGAAAGAGUUGGGGGCCCAGCAGCCCUGGCUUUGGAAGAGGGUUUUGCUUCCUUCACUCUGAAGAACGUGAAUGUAACCGAUACAGGAACCUACGUGUGUGAGGUGGGGAGCACAGCGAGGAACUGGUCUGCAUCAGGAGCCGGAACCCAAGUGACCAUCACUCCACCUGACCAAAGGCUAAUGAGCUCUUACAUUGUUCCUGGAGCUGUGGCUGGGACACUUCUCUUCUUGCUGGUGUUCGGUAUCCUUUUGUGGAGAUGGAGACAGUGCUCCAAAGAACCACUUCAAAGCAGGUCAGAGGCAGAGAUGAAUCAGAUGGAGACGUCUUCUCCACCAGCUGAUGACGUGACUUACCUUAACUUGAACUUCCACGAAAGGGAUGCAAAAACAGAGGAAGACGUUAACAUAUAUGACAAAUGUCAACCCUUAUCAUCACUAGGGGAAGAGCUAGUGGGAAUUAACAGAGGG